AUGAAACGAAAAUAUAAUAAACUCUUUAAAACUGAGGUAGAAACAGAUGCAUUUGGAGAUCUUGAAACUAUUCAAGACUUUGAAUCAAAAUUAAAAUCAUUUAUUGAUAAUUCAUAGAAAAUUACUAAAACUAAAAUGAAAGUAUAAAUGAAAGAUUAAAAUUCAUAAAACGAUUUAGAUUUUUAGGCUAUUUUAUUAGAUAAAAUAAUUAGAAAAUCAAUGACAAAAAAGGAUCUCAAAACUAAAUAUAUUGAUGUUUGUUAGGAAUUUGGAAUAGAUUAUUAUUAAUUAUUUAAGCUAGAAACAUUAGAAUAGAAAUAAAAUUAUGCCAUCUAAUGUGCCACAAAAUAAAUAUCUAAAAGUUUAGAAAAUCUAUUUGCUAAAUAUAAAUAGGAAAAACAUGAACCUUCUAUUCCUAAUAUAAAUAAACCAUUAGAUCUAUAUGGAUGGAUGAAGGUUAAAUCUCAAUAUAAAAAACUCAAGAAAAUCUUACAAUAUGCUUUAAUAGAACUUGUUUAUUAAAAUUCUAAUCAAGAUAAAGUAGUUAUUUGAUAAUUAUGAAAGAUCAAAAUGUUUUUUGCCUAUAUCAAUCAUUUCAUAUAAAAAAGACAUAAAACAACUGAAAGUCUAAAUUUUAGCACUGCUCAUACAUCAAGAGUACGAACAUAACAAAAUUUUGAGGAAAAAUUAUAUUUAGAUCCUCCUAAAUUUUAAUUUUCUCAACCAGAUUUAUUUUUUGAAUGGAAUCAAGCAAUUGAAUAAGGUUAUAUAUCAAAUGAUAAUAAUAUACAUAAAGUUGGAUAUGAAUAAAUGAAGAAAUAAAAUAGCAAAGGUGUUAAUUAUUAAAAAAGAGAGAAAUUAUUAGAUUAAUGUUAAGAAGGCAAUUAUUUAACUGCAGAUGAAUUGAAGUUUUUAGCAUCUACUUCAUUUUUAAUAAAUAAAUGCUUAGAUAAAUAAUUUAUUUAAAGAGCUAUUAAUUUUUUAGAUUCAUCAGUAAUAAAUAUAAUUAAUUUAGGUUAUUCAUUAAAUUGAAAUGAAUAUAGCAGAAUAAAUAUUAUAAACUUUUUAUUAUAUGAAGAGAAAUCUUAUUUAAUACAGAAAAGAAUGGUUAGAGAAAAUAAAUAAAGAGAAACGAAAGAACAUUAGUAAUAACUAAAAAUAGAUAUUUUAGAAAUUAAUUAUGAGUUAAAUUAAAAGAAAAAUUAAUUACUUUCAAAUUCAAAUCAGAUAAGAAACAUAAAAAAGAAGAUUAUCAAUUAAUUAAGAGAUGUUGCAAAAAAGAAACAACUUUAAAAUGAAGCAGAAAGAAAAAAAGAGAAAUAUUUGAGAGUUUAGAGAAGAAUGGGUAAUCCAUUAGCAAAUAUAUACGUUUAAAAGUUUAAGGAAAUAGUUUUGUAAGUGAUUAGUAAAAUAAGAGAAGUAUUAAAUAUAAUUAAAAUAGAAAAAAGUAUCUGAUAAAGAAAGGUAAAAAGAAUUUUUACAAAGGAAUGAAGCUAAACCUCCUCCAAAAGCUAUUUAUAAAAUUGGAAAUGAAAUAUAUGAUGUAAGUAAAUCAAAAAGAGCUUUUCAUCCUCCUUCAAAAGUAAUGACAACUUUAUCAGAGGAUAAAUAUAAAGUUUAAAAACCAGAAAUUUAAAAAUAAGAGAUAAAGAGAUAUAAAUUAGGAAUUAGAAAUUAUACAGUUACAUAAGAUCAAUUUAAAAAUUAUUAUGCAGGAGGACCUCAAUUGCCAAGAUAAUUUUAAUCUCCAGAAUUAUAGUAUUUAAAUAAAAAUGAUGAAUCUGAUACUAAUUUUCCAAGAAAGAAUAAUUGGAUAACUUCAGAAGCUGAAGUUUAAGCUGCUAAUAAAAUUAAGUUUGCUAUAAAAAGAUACAUACAGAAGAAAGCUUUAAAUAAAUUAAUAGUUAGAAGUGAAGUAAAAAAGAACAGAGAUAUUGAAAUGAAAAUAAGAAAAUGCAUGUAAGCAAAAAAGUUUUUUGAAGAAUUACAUAAAGAAUUAGACAAGAGAUAAAGUGAAAGAUUAAAAGAUAUAUCUAGUCAUUUACCACCAAAAUUACCAAUUGACAAAAUAGAGAAGAUUCCAUCUUAAGGUGCUUUAAGUAUAGGAGUAAAAAGUAGUGGUUAAAUAUCAUAAACAUAAAGAACAACAAAAAGAUUACAAUCUCAUAGAUUAAGUUUAUAUAAAUAUAUUCCUACAUAAGAAAAAGUUGAUGAAAAUUCAUUGGUAUUUGUAAAAUUUUAUUAAGUUAAGGAUACAGCAAGAAGAGCAGAAUUAGAAAUCAAAGAAAUUGCAAGAAAAAAGAAAAUGAUGAAAUUCUCUAAAUAAAAAGAAAUGAGUGAAGCUAAAUUGAAAAAUAGGAAAUUAAUUGUAGCUGCUAAAAUGAAGAAUUUAUAGGUUGCUAUGACUUCAGGAUUUCAAUAUAAUUAAAGAGAUACAUAAUUAUGUGAUCGAUUUGGAAAUACUCCUCUCUAUUAUUGUGCUAAAAAUGGAGAUGAAUAAUUUUGCAGAUUUUUGCUUAAUUUAGGUGCGAAUGUUAAUUAAUAAUGUGAGAAUCUCAAUACUCCAUUGCAUAUGGCAUUUUAGUCAGAAAGCAAAUAAAUUAUUAUUGAUUUUAUAAAUAAAGGUGGUAAUUUGAAUAUGGUGAAUGCAGAUAAGUGGACUCCAUUAGCUUUUGGAUCUGAAGAAUUAUUAAAGUCUUUAAAUUUAUGCAAUCUUGUUGCAACUGUAAUUAUUUAACUAUUUGUAGACAUAAUUUAAGAAUUUAGAAUCUGAUAAUAAUAAUGUAUUUUCAAAGAAAGAACCAAGAUGGAUAGAUUAAUAAUUUGAAGAUACAUUAGUAUAUGAUAGAUACAAAUAUAAAACAAUAAUUUGAUUAUAUAUAAU